CCCCCCCCCCCCCCCAGCCAAUUUCGCCCUUUUCUCCCCCAACGUCCUCCAGCUCCCGAAAACCGAGAUGGCUCCCACAACCAACUUCUACCGCGCCGCGCGGCCAAUCUUCCAACAGCAAAUGUUCACCGGUCCCGGCGCGGCUCGCACCGCCUUCCGAAACGCCUACUCUCCCUUCCGCGCCCAGCAGUUCUUCCGCAACGGUUCCAAGCGGUGGCAGAGCUCCUCCGCAGGCGCCGAGGCCCAGGGUCAGGCCAGCUGGUUCAAGCGCAUGUGGGACAGUCCGGUCGGUCUGAAGACGGUGCAUUUCUGGGCGCCCAUCAUGAAGUGGUGCAUCGUCCUCGCUGGCAUCUCCGACUUCUUCCGCCCCGCCGAGAAGCUCUCCGUUACCCAGAACGGUGCGCUGACUGCCACUGGACUCAUCUGGACCCGUUGGUGCCUCAUCAUCAAGCCUAGGAACAUCCUCCUUGCUGCCGUCAACUUCUUCAUGGGUAUGGUCGGCAUCGUUCAGCUCACCCGAAUCUUCCUCCACGAGCAGUCCAAGAAGGGCGUCGUCGGUGCCGUCCAGGAAAUCAAGGAGGAGGUGAAGCAGGAGGUCAAGAAGGAGACUACCUCCUCCUAAGCUACGCUCAGCCAACCGCUGCCAUACUCAAAUCCGCGGAACUAGAAAUCUUGAUUGACCGACACCCGAUGCCCAGAAUAGUGGGUGUAGAAGCCGGGCUCGAAGGAAAGGCGAAAGAUGGCUGCAACCCACAUGCAUGUGUAAAAGCAGGGGCCAUCAUUUCUGUUUGAGAAGACGAGUCUGCUUUUGUUGUUGCGUCCAUGACACUCAUCUGGGACGUGUUUCUCCCACGGAAAAGCCUGGACAUGCGAGAACCAUCCAGUGUUGUAUAUAAAACUUAUGUCUUUUCUAAGGGAUUGAAGGAGAGGGCCUAGCUGCCCUUGUGUGUAGGAGGUCAGCCACUAUUCAAGUUCACAUUCUUAUCCUUCUGCAUUUGGACACAGAAAUAGACCUUCGUCAAACACGAACUGGAAGAAUCCAACAGACCAGGUGGUUCAGUUGCCAUCGCCGCAAUAGCCUUGAAGAGUUCUUUGU